UUACAACGUGUCCUCUGCCUGUCUGCAUGAUCUUCUUGUUCAUUACAUGUUUGUCACCAAACCAAAUUAAAUUUCCGUUUCCUUUGGCAUUUCUUCUUCUUCUUCUACUGAGAAUCUGGCCUUCAAAUUAUGGAUACUCGGAGCUUAGCUGUAUCGAUGAACACCAAUUUCGCCUCCUUUGAUCUCUCUCGUCAUUUAUCUCCUCUCCGAUCGACUAAACUAUCUCCCCGCUCCAUUCCCAGGGCUUCAGCGUCUAUCUCCACGACGAACAGUGAAACAUCUCCCUCCGGAAACGCGAUUAACUCCGAAGCUAUCUCCGUGAAACCAGUUUAUGUCCCCACACCACCCAAUCGUGAGCUCAGGACUCCUCACAGUGGGUACCAUUUCGAUGGAACAGCGAGGAAGUUCUUUGAGGGAUGGUACUUCAGGGUUUCGAUCCCUGAGAAGAGGGAGAGCUUUUGCUUUAUGUAUUCUGUGGAGAAUCCUGCUUUCCGGAAGAGACUCUCACCGUUGGAGGUUGGUCUGUAUGGACCGAGAUUCACUGGUGUUGGAGCUCAGAUUCUUGGAGCUAAUGAUAAGUAUUUAUGCCAAUACACUGAGGACUCUCACAACUUCUGGGGAGAUAGGCAUGAGCUAGUUUUGGGGAAUACUUUCAGUGCUAAGCCAGGCACAAGGUCUCCAGACAAGGAGGUUCCACCAGAGGAGUUCAACAGAAGAGUGUCAGAAGGGUUCCAAGCUACCCCAUUCUGGCAUCAAGGUCACAUUUGCGAUGAUGGCAGGACUGACUAUGCGGAAACUGUGAAAUCCGCUCGGUGGGAGUACAGCACCCGUCCUGUUUACGGCUGGGGUGAUGUUGGGACCAAACAGAAGUCUACUGCAGGCUGGCCUGCAGCUUUUCCUGUAUUUGAGCCUCAUUGGCAGAUAUGCAUGGCAGGAGGCCUUUCAACAGGGUGGAUAGAAUGGGGUGAUGAAAGGUUUGAGUUUAGGGAUGCACCUUCUUAUUCAGAGAAGAAUUGGGGUGGAGGCUUCCCUAGAAAAUGGUUUUGGGUCCAGUGUAAUGUAUUUGAAAGGGCAAAAGGGGAAGUUGCGUUGACUGCAGCUGGCGGGUUGAGGCAGUUGCCAGGAUUGACUGAGACCUUUGAGAAUGCUGCACUGAUUUGUGUGCACUACGAUGGAAAAUUAUACGAGUUUGUUCCGUGGAAUGGUGUUGUUAGCUGGGAGAUGUCUCCAUGGGGUUAUUGGUACAUGACUGCAGAGAAUGAAACUCAUAUGGUGGAACUAGAGGCAAGAACCAAUGAAGCGGGUACACCUCUGCGUGCUCCAACCUCAGAAGCUGGGUUAGCUACGGCUUGCAAAGAUAGUUGUUACGGUGAACUGAAGUUGCAGAUAUGGGAACGGCGUUAUGAUGGAAGCAAAGGCAAGGUGAUAAUGGAGGCAAAGAGCUCUAUGGCGGCAGUGGAGAUAGGAGGAGGACCGUGGUUUGGGACAUGGAAAGGAGAUACUAGCAACACACCUGAGCUACUCAAACGGUCUCUUCAGGUCCCUUUGGAUAUUGAAUCCGUCUUUGGUUUAGUCCCUUUCUUCAAGCCACCUGGUUUGUAAGUUGAUUGUUUGUUGAUAGAAAGCCAAGUGACUCAAAAACUGAGUAUGUAUGUUGCUAGCUUCAGUGAUAUGUAUGGUUUAGUUUAUUGGGCCCUUUUGGGUAACUAAUUA